GCCAUCAUCCCUCAUGUCGAAAACAGUAGACGUCACAAGUCUGUCGGCGAUCUGUGUUGUCAUUUGUGUCGACCUGUCAAAAGUGAUUAUUUUUGUUGAGGGUAACAGUUUCCUAAAUGACGAUGGGGACUCAGGAACAGCCCUGUUACACCCUGAUCCAGGGUCCCUCGGAUACAGAACAGCCUUCUGAAAUGCAACUGAAGCAGGAUUUGGAAAAUGGUGAUAAUCCAGUGAAGAUUGCAGCUCUGAAGAAGGUGAUUCAGUUGAUAUUAAAUGGAGAACGAUUGCCAGGCAUUUUGAUGACUGUGAUACGUUUUGUUAUGCCGUCUGAAGACCACACGAUCAAGAAGCUGCUGUUGGUGUUCUGGGAGAUUGUGCCCAAAACUACUGCAGAAGGCAAACUGCUUCAGGAAAUGAUUCUCGUCUGUGACGCCUACAGGAAGGAUUUGUCUCAUCCCAAUGAGUUCAUCCGUGGGUCAACGUUAAGGUUUUUGUGCAAGUUGAAGGAGCCUGAGCUUUUGGAGCCUCUAAUGCCCACCAUCAGAAUUUGCCUCGAGCACAGGCACUCGUAUGUCCGCAGAAAUGCUGUUUUGGCCAUCUUUACCAUUUACAAGAACUUUGAUUUUCUCAUUCCUGAUGCCCCAGAGCUGAUUUCCAACUUCUUGGAAGGCGAACAGGACAUGUCGUGCAAACGAAACGCCUUCAUGAUGCUGAUACAUGCUGAUCAGGAGCGAGCUCUUACCUACCUGUCAACGUGCAUCGAUCAAGUUAACUCCUUUGGAGAUAUCUUGCAGCUUGUCAUCGUUGAACUCAUUUAUAAGGUAUGCCAUGCCAACCCAGGAGAAAGGGCAAGGUUUAUCAGGUGCAUCUAUAACCUCUUGAACUCGAGCAGCCCUGCUGUCCGGUAUGAAGCUGCUGGAACGCUAGUUACCCUUUCAUCAGCUCCUACAGCUAUCAAGGCUGCUGCUAAUUGCUACAUAGAGCUGAUCGUCAAGGAGAGCGACAAUAACGUCAAGCUGAUCGUCCUUGAUCGCCUGGUGGCCCUCAAGGAUUCACCCCAGCAGGAGAAGAUCCUUCAGGAACUUGCCAUGGAUGUGCUUAGGAUUCUUACCACACCUGACUUGGAAGUUCGCAAAAAGACACUGAAUUUAGCUUUGGAGCUAGUUACACUGCGAACAGUCAACGAAAUGGUUGAGGUACUUAAGAAGGAAGUUGGCAAGACACACAAUACAGUUGAACAUGAGGAUACUGGAAAGUAUCGGCAGCUGUUAGUUCGAACUCUCCACACAAUCAGUAUGAAGUUCCCAGAUGUGGCUGGCAAUGUCAUCCCCAUUUUGAUGGACUUCCUCUCAGAUAACAAUGAACUGGCAGCCACUGACGUGUUGGUUUUUGUAAGGGAAGCCAUUCAGAGGUUCGAAUCAUUACGGCCUCAGAUCAUCGAGCGUUUGUUGGGAUCUCUGCCAACUAUUCGCUCAGUAACUGUCCAGUGUCAUGCUCUGUGGAUUCUAGGAGAAUAUGCGUCAACCUCAAGAGAGGUAAUUGGUGUUUUGUCAGCUGUUCGGAGCAGCCUUGGAGAUUUGCCUAUUGUUGAGGACGAAAUGCGCAAAGCCGCUGGUGAAGCAGGUGAAGAAGAUGGCUCAAAUGACAAAGCCAACCAACAGCAGCAGCAGCAACAGCAGAAAGUAACUGCUGAUGGAACCUAUGCAUCGCAGUCUGCUUUCUCUGCUACUACGUCAUCAAGGAAGGCUGAUGAUCGUCCACCCCUUAGAAAAUACUUGCUGGAAGGGAACUUCUACCUGGGUGCUGUUAUUGCUAAUACUAUGGUCAAACUUGCCUUCAGAUAUAUUUCUUUGGAGACUGAUGUACCGAAGCAGAAUUCGUUAUGUGCAGAAGUAAUGUUGAUUAUUGCAUCAAUUGUACACUUGGGCAAGUCAGGUCUCCCACAGAAAGCCAUGACGGAUGAUGACUAUGAUCGCAUGAUGCUUUGUUUACAGGUUGUUUCUGAACGUACUCCAAGCCUUGCCUCAGUAUUUACCGAACAGUGUCGAGGGUCACUGUCACACAUGCUCGCUGCCAAAACAGAGGAGGAGGAGUCUCUCAGACGUGACCACAAGGCCGCCAAAGUGGUGGAACAUGUCGACGAUCACAUUGUCUUCUCGCACUUGACUAAAGGUAGCGACCCAUCAUCUACGGAUGACAUGUUUGACCUGUCCAUGUCGAUGGCUGUCAGCGGAGCCAAGAAGGAAGGCAUUGAUCUGAGCAGCAGUAAACUGAGCAAAGUAACACAGUUGACAGGCUUCAGCGACCCUGUUUAUGCAGAGGCAUACGUCCACAUCAAUCAAUACGACAUUGUACUAGAUGUGCUGAUUGUCAACCAAACUGCAGAUACUCUGCAGAACUGCACACUGGAAUUGGCAACCCUUGGUGACCUUAAGUUAGUCGAAAAACCACAGCCUGUUGUUCUUGCACCACAUGACUUCUGUAAUAUAAAAGCAAAUGUAAAAGUGGCCUCCACAGAAAAUGGCUUCAUUUUUGGAAAUAUUGUGUAUGAUGUCAAAGGCUCUACAAGUGACAGAAAUGUUGUGAUAUUAAAUGACAUUCACGUCGAUAUCAUGGACUACAUUGUUCCAGCUUCCUGCACUGAUCUAGAAUUCAGGCAGAUGUGGAUGGAAUUUGAGUGGGAGAACAAAGUAACAGUCAAUACACAGAUGACGGAACUGAAAGCAUACUUAGACUACUUGUGCAAGUCUACCAACAUGAAAUGCUUAACCCCUGAAAAAGCUCUCGUUGGUUCGGGUGAUUACAUGGCAGCAAAUCUAUAUGCCCGAUCAAUAUUUGGUGAAGAUGCUUUGGCUAAUCUAUCUAUCGAAAAGCCCAUAGAUAACCCAGACUCUGCUGUAACUGGUCACAUCAGAAUUCGUGCCAAAAGCCAGGGUAUGGCUAUCAGUUUGGGUGACAAGAUAAACAAAGUGCAGAAGGCUAUCAUAAAGUCUGUUGGUGCUUAGAUAUGAAUAUGGAACUAUGGUAUUUAUGUCAACAUCUGCAACAAGGAAUAUUAUAUGAGGAGCAUAUUCUAAGGGAACUUAUUAUCAUAUAGAGCUUUCUUUGUUUUUUGUUUGGUGGUUAAUACAGAACUUUAUUCAAUUUUAAUUUUAUUAAAAAAUAGUUAUAUCAAUAAAUAAUUAAGCUUUC